AGAAACGCGGCUUAACGCUGGUAAAUGGCAGUUGCAUGCGUUGCGUUGGGUGUAAACGGACGGACGUACGGUCGGACAGACAGCUGCAGUGUCAUCAUCUUGCUGUGGGUCUUGUUGUACGGAAACGGAGCGUGAAGUGUCGGAGGAGGUUCGGAAAAGGAGCGAGUUGCUACUAUGCCUCAGCGAGAACAAACGAAAGUCACGUUGCAAUUAACGUUGCCCGCCUGGCCGAGAGAACCCGCGAUGUAGCCUCUUACACUAGCUGAUUUCAUCGCGUUCGCGUUUAUUCCUCAUCGAUGUACCGAGAAGUAUCGGGAGCAUUUCGUGCUGCGUAUUCGAAGCCAGGUCGCAUGAAAUCUCCUGCUGUUGUUCUCGCAAAAACGUUCGUCUACCGUCGUCGUUGUCAUCCUUUGUCGUUAUUCUCGACGUUUCCAUCCUCCUUUGUAUCUUCGUUGCCACCAUCCUCAAGUGCCUUCUCUCUCCCUCUCACACGCUUUUGACUCGCUAUUUUCCGACUUCAAUCGCGCGAAAACCAGCGUACGCAUCGCAGAGUGACGUCCUAAUACGUUUGUUAAUUUGCAACACGAUGUGAGGUGGAUGAUUCAUUUCAAAAUGCAUCGCAUUUAUUAAACAUCUCCAAAUUAAAUGGAUUUUCUUGUCAACUGAAAGACAAAGUGUUCUUAUUUGAUACAUAAAAUAAGAGGGAAAAAAUGUCCCAACUAAGUAUUAGUACUGGAAAGAGAGGGAGGAGUGUUGCAAGCUCUUCCGCUUCUACUGUAUCGUCUCUGAGCAGUUCAACUGACUUAGCAAGCCUCUUUGAGUGUCCAGUUUGUUUUGAUUAUGUUCUUCCACCGAUUUUACAAUGCCAGAGUGGACACCUUGUUUGUAGUAAUUGCAGACCAAAGCUUAACUGCUGUCCUACCUGUAGAGGUCCAUUAGGUAAUAUCCGAAAUCUAGCAAUGGAAAAGGUAGCGGGUAACGUAAUGUUCCCUUGCAAAUAUUCAACAAGUGGAUGCACAGUUUCACUCGUACAUACUGAGAAGGCAGAUCAUGAAGAUGCAUGUGAAUUCCGUCCAUACAGUUGUCCUUGUCCAGGUGCUUCUUGUAAAUGGCAAGGGUCUCUUGAGCAAGUAAUGCCACAUCUUGUUAUGAGUCACAAAAGCAUUACAACCCUUCAAGGGGAAGACAUUGUUUUUUUAGCAACAGAUAUUAAUCUCCCAGGUGCAGUGGAUUGGGUAAUGAUGCAAUCCUGUUUCGGACAUCAUUUUAUGCUAGUGCUUGAAAAGCAAGAAAAAUACGAUGGGCAUCAACAAUUUUUUGCAAUUGUUCAACUGAUUGGUUCGAGAAAACAAGCAGAAAAUUUUGCUUACAGACUGGAAUUGAAUGGGCAUAAAAGGCGCUUAACAUGGGAAGCCAUGCCGCGUUCUAUUCACGAGGGUGUUUCAUCCGCUAUUUUAAAUUCAGACUGCCUUGUAUUUGACACUUCGAUCGCGCAAUUAUUUGCCGAUAACGGAAAUCUAGGAAUUAAUGUUACAAUUUCUAUGGCAUGAGGAAAGCUGGAAAAAGCAGUGUAAAAUCUUCUAAACUGUUGAUUUUAUUUCAGUCUUUGUACUGAAGGUUGCCGUUUAUGUACAUACAGCAUUUCUUUUUUUUUACGUUACCACAGAUAAAUAUUAGCAAUAUGGCUGUUAGGAAAUGUUUGGAAUGUGUUGUGAUGAAACACAGUGAUCAAACGCUCAGUUACAGGACCUCUCUCUUGAAGCUUUAAAGUGUACUUGUAUGUGAUAUUGACAUUACACAUGGAAAUAAUAAAUAAUCUUUCAGCAUAUUUGUGCUGACUUUAAAGCUUUGCACUGAGUAUAACAUCAAUUCCAAAAUGUACCUGACACCUAUUGCACAUUGUUAUCAUGUUCUUUUAGUCACAUUUUACUGAGCCAAUUUUUGUGAAAACAAUUUCAAUUUUUAUGCUUUCCAAUGUAAACAUCGUUCUUUAUAGAAAUACCGAUAUAUUUUAUAGAAAAGAAUAUACUUUUCAUCGCGAGAUCAAUUAUGAUCUGCUGAUAUACACUAUGGCAUUGAAAGCAAAAAUUGAAAGCACAUACCUGAAGAAAUCCUUCAUACGUAAUCGUCGUACUUGAAUUAAGCAUACAUCACUAUGCUUAUUUAUUUUUCAUAUAGAAAUUUCGUGUGCUCGCAUAUUUAUUGUAACCUUUUAACUUUGUCUAUAAUUGUGAUUAAACAAUCUUUUUUUUUAAUAAAUUUAUUCUUAUUUUUUUUAAUUAAAAUAUGCAUUACUAUUAAGAGACUACAGUUUGUUGACCAUGCGAGAAAUCAUAUCAAAUCAAAAGUUAGUUAUAAGUUCGCAAAUAUGCUGCUGAGAAUUUAAACACGGAAUUAUGAUUUACUUCUUAUAAGAAAUUUUUUAACUCGUGGAUUAUUACUCGUGAUGAGCAUUACAAUGAUUGAUAAUAUUAUUAUGUACAUUAAUUAUAUGAAGAAAAAGAAUUCGGGUAUAUGUAUCAGCAAUAUAUACGGGAACACGAAAGUAGUUGGUAUACGAUAAACAAAAGCAAAAUAAUAGAGUAAAAUUGCGCAAUUUCAUCAAUUUUUUACCGAAAUGAACAAAUUUGUACAAGAAGAAAUUACAGUUUCAGGAAUACAUAGUUCCAUCAAAUUGUGGCAUAGUAGUUUCGUAAAUAAUAAGUGACACUGUAUAUAAUCUCUAAAUUAUUGUCCGUAUAAAUCUUUCGACUGUAAUCUUCAAGAAUGUAAUCUUCAAACAUUGAUUUUCAAGGAAUUUAUGAGAAUUUAGCGAUGUAAAAAGUCACAUACGAGUAAACUGAAAUUCAAUUUAGUAUGAUAAUUAUAAAGUUACACAAAGUUCAUUAAUUGAAGCGAAUGGAAAUUAAAAUGGCACGAGCUUGACCCUAAUCAAAUUUGAGAUUCUCAGGUCAAAAAAGAAUAAAAAGGAGUCGUUUUUACGUUAUCACGAGUCGCAUAUAAAUUGCUUGAACAUUCCAGACGUGAAAAGUUAAUGUAAAUAGAAUAAAUUUUACAUGUGAUAAAAUUA